AUGUUCGCACAGAAGCGAGGUGUGAUCGUGAACGUGACGUCUGUGACUGCGCUGGAGGCUCCGCCGUUCUCCGGUGAAGCUGUGUAUUAUAUGGCCAAGGCGACGCAGGAGGGAUUUUCGAACUCGCUUCGCAAUGAACUCUGCGGUACGAACAUCAAGGUUGUGGUGGUGCGUUCUGGUGUUGUAGUGACGAAUUUCCACGAGCAACGCGUCGGCUUCGACAAGAAUAUGUACUCGAAGCCUGAAUGUGUGAUGGUCAAGGCGAUCGACGUCGUGCCGACGGCGCAGCGCAGUCUCAGCUUGUUCGACCGCGAAUGGAGCGCUCGUAAUGCGAAGUAA